CACGACCGCAAAAAUAUCCUCUCACGAUCCUAUUAUCAAGAGUGGUCGUUUGACUGCGGCUCUUUAGGUAUUUGUCAUCGCUUUCUACGCUCGCAGUCCUUUUCCUUUUCCCUUCCUAUCUAUUCUCCUUGGCAAGUCGUUUAUGGGACCUAUACUUCAACAAUCGCCAAAUUCUAAACAUCGUCAUGUCGACCACUCCGAUCAGUGGCGACAGCCUCGUAACGGAAUGCAUAAUUGUUGAAGUCGUGCUCAAGGUGGUGGCGUACGUCACACUUGCUCUGCGCUUCUGGGCGCGUCGAAAGGGAGGCCUUGGUUAUUCGUGGGAUGAUUGGCUGAUAUUGACCGCGGCCUUCUACACGUUGCCAUUUACCAUCAGCGAGAUCGUCUGGCUUACCCACUUUGGCGUAGCAAGGCACCUUAACUGGGUGCUUGCGAACGAGCCUGAGGUGCUACCCGCCUUCUUCAAGAUACUGUAUAGCGAGGGAGUCCUCUACCCACCCGUAAUCUCCCUCAUAAAGCUCUCCAUCCUAUGCUUCUACGUACGCAUGUUCGGCAUCCGCAAAUCCUUCGCGAGAGUAUGUCAUGUACAGAUGGUUCUCGUGCUCCUCUGGGGGAUAAUAAGCACAUGUUGUUACCUCUUCCAGUGCUCACCUGUGAGCGCCGCAUGGAGAAUCGAGCAGGAGGGAGGGAAAUGCUUCAAGUUUCAGACACUGUUUGCCGGCACCAACGCAGUCAACGUCAUCAUGGAUAUAGCGCUUCUUAUCACCCCUCUUCAUCCUAUCUGGCAUUUGAAGCUCCCUCGCCGCAAGAAGAUCCUAGUCAGCGGAGUUUUGGUGCUUGGAACAAGCGAAGUCGUAUUUUCUACCGUCCGAUUGAUCAAACUGUCCCUCCUUUCCUACGAGGACCUUAGCUGGGAUAUGGCUCAAGCUCUAAUCUGGUCCAACGUCGAGAACAACGGUGGCAUAAUCUGUGCUUGCAUACCAACCUUAGCACCGCUACUGCCGAGAUACUGGGGGGAGCGAUCCCAGUCCAGUUCUCGCUACGGCUCGAAGUCGAAAUACUCCGGUAACCAAAGUUGGCCAGAGCAUGACGAGGUCGAACUGAGAGACACCGGUUCGGUGGAGACGGACGAACGCGAAUUGGUGGGAGGCACAGAAGACAGGAUCCGACGCACGACCGAAAUUACAGUCCAAACCGAGUCCAACUUACGGCUGGCGGACAAAAAGAAUACGAAUGUAGAAUAUAUGUUAUAAGUACCUAGCUUUGUUGUCACCUAUACGUCGCGACGCUUGGGUGUUGCACCGACGACUUCACCGAUAUUCGAAGACAGGGGUUCCGUCAUCGUAAUCGACGCGAUCAC